CUUUAGUAAGUACUCCCUCCCCUUGUCUAAGUACUCCUCUCGGUUAUAUUUAUGGCAUGCUAACCGCCUUGCAUGUUUCAAUUGAGCAAGAGGAGAGUCAGAGGACAAUAUGGACCACCAGCUGAUGCUACACCGCCUCAUGGGAAAGAGGAAGAGAAAGAGGGACGUAGCCCCCCAAGGCGACGAGCAGCGUACAUCCUCUAGCCACGAUGAUCGCUUCUUGCUUGAUCCGGUGGUGAUUGACCUUGAGGAUCAAAGAGAUCGGGCUAAUGCGGCGGAGACGGGGGUGAUGGUGGUUAGCUCCCCAUUGCGCACAAUGGCUCCCAAGAACAAUCUACCAGGAGCGACCAGGGAUGCAUCUUCGGAGCGACAUUCCCUUUCGCCUACCUUGACGUUUGAGGUGGAGACCAAGGGUGGCUCGACGAAGUUCAGCAUCCCCGCAUGUCCCUCUCCGGGCUUGGAGGAGUUUCCGGUGGAGACGACGAUCAUGCUCCCCUCCAACGACCAGGCCCACAUUUCUGCCAGCUCCAGUCGUGACCUAGCUGAGAUGGUUCUCCUGAAGUUCGGCCUGGCCCAACAGGUCUUUCGUUGGAAGCUGGCCCUGCUCCCCAAAGGAACAUCCCUCCGUGAUUUCCGCCUUCCUCCUCCUUGUGACAACCUUGUUGAGUUUGAUCCCACUCCCUACAUGAAGGAGGAGGAUUCUGACGACCUUGAGGGAGGGAACGAGAAGACUGCCCUGGCGACCAAGGCGACCAGGGCGAGGAAGCCAUUUUAGCAGCGAGUAAGGCAGGCAAAGGCACCAGCUCCAGCGCAUGAUCGGCUUCCCCUUUCCUCGUUACUUAUAUUUUUUAUUUGAAUCCUUGUAAAAACUUUCGAGCACUUAUACAUAUUUUUUGUUUCCAUGUAAAUCUUGACUUGUUCUUUUAAUACUCGAUUGCUGCUUAGGCUUACUUUAUUUCUUAGAUUGCGAAUGAUCCCUCUUGGAUAUAGGUGGUCAGCUCAUCAAUCCAAUCUGGCUCCUUAACUGUUAUGGC